AAAUCAUCCUUCCUUCUUACUGUAUUCACCGCAGCAGCAGCAGCUUCACUGCCAGCACUGAGAGGAAAACGGACGAAGUGGCCAACAUCCAUCUGACAUCUUCAUCCACCAAAGGUGUCUUCAAGAAAGAUGGCUGGUCUCUGCUGGAUGGCCGUGACGCUCGCCUUCUUCCUGUCUGCUCAACACAGCGUGGCUGCUGUGGACCAGAACAGACUUACUAAAAUUGUUGAUGGCGUCUUGGGACUGUACGGAACAAAGGGCAUGUUCAGUCUGGCUGUCCGGAUCCCAGAUGACCAGAACCAGAACAUUCAGAAUAUCCUCCAGACCCUCUCUGAAAGUGAUCCUGUCAAGCCUGUGAGGGAAAAGUUCACCAAAAACGAGGUGUACGUCGGCAAAAGGUUGGUUGCAGCCAAAGUCCUGAAAAAACAAAGCAGAGGAGCUGACCAUGCAGAGUCACGAGUUGUGGCCCACCUGCAAGGACUGUGGGACAUUCAUCAGAAUGUAAAAGAAAAAAAUCAAAAUGAGGUUAAAUCUGAAAUGUUGCUUUUCUAUGUCUAUGCCUCCCCAUGUGUUGAAAAAUGUACAAACAGCAGGCAUCGUGACAACAUUCUCAACAGGAUAGGUCUGAUUAAGAAUUGGCAAAACUAUGCUUUUGUGUUUUCUAAAAUAUUCAAACCCAGAGUGGGCAAGCCCAAUACCCCUGAAGACCUGAAACAAGCCCUUGAGAGGCUUGGGGGGGCAAUCGGGCUGGUAAACAUAUACCGUUGUGACAAACAAGAUGGUCAGAUGCAGUGCAGAAGCUGCUCUGCUGGAGGACAGGUUGAUGAAUAUUGUUUUUCCGAUGAAGUUAAUUUUUCCAACCCUGAUGAUGAUGCAACUGCACCUGGGACAUCCAUACAGCCUCAACCAGGUAGCAGUUACUCCCCCUCACGUAGGCGAAGCAGCAGUGUCAAUCCAAGCGCAGGGGUUUCCACAAAUGUUGACAGUAACACAGAAGGAGGUCAGGGUGGCAGCGGAGGGGGCAAGCGCAGACGAAGGCGUAACAGGCGCAAGAAGAAGCAAAAUACUAAUACAGGUGACAAUGUUGCCCUGUCUCAAAAUGGCCAAAGUACAGAUGCUGAUCAUAACACAGGAGGCGGUCGGGGCAUCGGGGGCAAAGUCAGAAAAGUUGGUGGGCGCAGAGUAUGGAAAAAACAGAGGAAAGGUGGGAACGAGCAGAAGAAGAAGCAGGCACAGACGAAGAAGAAAAAGCAGGCAAAUAAGAGGAAGAAAACGUCAAGCAGAGGGAAAACAGGAUGGAGCCAGAAGGUACCAUGGAGGGUUAAAAAGAACACUGAGAAGAAGCAGAACACAAGGCCGAGACGCAACAAGAAGAAAAGGAAGAUCAGGGGCUAAAGACAGAAGUAUGGAGGACAGUGCAGGACGAGCUUAAAAAAUCUAUGCAUAAACUUUGCCAAAUGAACUUAAUAAAUAGACAAGUUUUCUGUUUUAAUGUGUAAUUAUGAAGUACAUGUUGGUAGCACAAUGUCACGGUUACAGAACAGUGACAACUUCUGCGUUUAGUUCAGUUCCCCUUAAGCUUCUCAUUAACUUCAGCAGCUGCAGAGUCUUCGUGUGUUCAGAAUGUGAUCCAAUGAGAGAUUGUGUUGUACACAUACAAGUACACACAAAAGAAUCAGCAGCACUGAUACUUUAUGAAUAAACUGUUCACCCCUCACUUUACAUCGUCUCUUGUCAAAUACUGAUAUCUGAUGAUGAUCUCAUUCUGAAUUUCUGUUCUUUCUGAUUAAAGCUUGGCUCAGCAUCA